AUGGCAACUGCAAACACUAGUGUUGAUGUAAAAAAAAUUCUUUUAUUUUGGCCAAAAUCAAUCAGAAACAAUGACCAACAUUCACCCUUCGUUUCAUUUGAUAAGUGCUCUGAAUUGAUUAAUUAUAUAUGUCAAAAUCUUGGUCAAACAGAUACAUUUGAUUUGCAUAUACCUGGGGAAAAUUUAAAGGAAAUAUUAGAAGAUCCUGUUGGCAAAUCCAGUCAAAUUCGCAUUUAUGCAUAUUAUGAUAACAAUGAUACUUUAGAACGUGAUCAAAAUCGUUUUCAGUUUAAGCAUAAUAAACUACAGUUUUAUCUUGAACGUGAUUUGGAAAAACAAUUGCAAAAUACUGAAAUUAGUAUGGCACUUAGUUCAUCAAGAUCCAUUGAUAGGCAAGCAAUAAAUGAUACAACUAUGUCAGUUAUGGAACGUCUUCAGUCUAAACGAUCAAAUUCUUCUCAUUGUGAUUCACUGGUGCCAGAAAAAUUCCAAUCGACAGCUCAAUCUGAUUCAGAGAUGAAAAAUAUGGAAGAAAUUGAUCCACGUUUUAUUUGUGGAUCUU